CACCUCACUUCACCUCAGCCCAUCAACUGACAUUCCUCUUGAUCUUCACCUUCACUCCCAUCUCUCCCCGUUGAUAAUCCUACAAUUCCUUCAUCCUCUCCUAUUCAGACCACACUCAGCAAAUAUCUCCGAAAUGGACGCCCCGCAAACCCCGCGCAUCCUAGCCCCCCACCUGCAGCAGUUCCAGUACCGCACCGUCCGCAUGCUGGGCAAAGUGACGGCGCUGCGGGGCGAGACAGCGCAGAUUGAUGCCGGUGGGAAUGUAGAGUUGGUAUUGAAUCGGGACUGCCAUCUCGCUCUCAACCACGCCGUAGAAAUCAUCGGCAAGGUGGACGCCAAGUUGAGCGUCAAGGUGCAAGCUGCGACGGAUUUUGGGACAAACAUCGAUUUCGACGCCGCCAACGCCGUAGUCGACGCCACGCACCGGUACAAGGAGAUCUUCUACGACGACCCCUAGAGGGCCUCAUCUAAGCCGACAAAGCUGUUUGACGACGAAGCAAUGUCCAUGGGGUGGGAAAAGUACGGAGCUUGAGCCGAGAGAGGCAUUCAUGCAUACGGUGAACGACGCGCUCGAACGAGUACUUGCCGUGACGACUGUCGACAGCAAUCUAUGUAUGUAAUGCAGUCCGCUGUUUCUACACAGCAGCACGCAAUCCAUGGUGCCGGGAGUCCGACUGAGGAGGGAUCUAGAUGAUUACCUUCGCACUGAAAGAAGGGCAGGCAAGAGAGUUUGAAUCGAUGGCUCUAAUUAUAUUCCAGUCCCGAAAUACGAGUCUCCACCAGAUAGAAAGGAAGAAAAAUCAUGUUAUCAGCAAAGGUAUCAUAAGGAAUGCGCCAG